AUGUCUUUAAAUAGUAAUGAGACACCUCAACUACAAAUUCGAUUUGUUACCAAGGAAGAAAAAUAUGCAGUUCCUGACACCCCUUUUGCAGUAUCUUGUAAGGUAGUUUCAAAAGAAUUAAACACCAUCUUAAAUGAACUUCUUCAAGAAGAUAAAAUUUCUAGUCACAAAACUGUUGAUUUUGAAUUUUUGAUAAAUGAAGAAUUAUUAAGAACAAAUUUGCAAGAGCAUCUUAAUUUAAAAGACAUAUCAACUGAAAAUGUUAUUGAAAUUGAAUAUUUUGAAAAGUAUCCUGCCCCUGAACCUCAAGAUUGCUUGCUUCACGAUGAUUGGGUGUCUGGUGUUCACGUUAGCAACGACUGGAUUUUAACUUCUUGUUAUGAUAAUACAGUGCAUAUUUGGAACCUGAAAGGUCAACAUCAUAAAACAAUUACAGGACAUUCUGCUGCUGUAAAAACUGUUUCAUGGGUUUCAAUCGAUGACAAUGUAGCUACAUUCCUUAGUGGUUCAAGUGAUUCGACAGCCAUUUUGUGGGAGUGGAAAAUUGGAAGUAAUUUAGUAAAAAAAGUAAAUGUUUAUAAAGGGCAUGAACGCAAUAUUGAAUCACUCUCAGUUAGUCCCAAAAAAGACAUAUUCGCAUCUGGAGGUUGGGAUCACUUGUUAAAAAUUUGGUCGACAGAUUCAUCAGAAUCUGAUACUCUAGAUGGAGAAUCGACAGCGAAAAGAUCUAAAACAAAUAAAUACAAUGUUAAGCUACCUAAAAUGACAUACAAAGGUCAUCACGACUGCAUUUCAUGCGUUAGGUUUUCAAAUUCUAACGAUCUCAUAACAUCAUCUUGGGAUCACACAAUAAAACUUUGGGAUGUUGAAGUUGGAGGGAUAAAACAAGAAUUACAAGGAAACAAAGCAUUUUUUAGCGUUGAUUUUUCAAAUGUCAACAGAACUGUGAUCACAUCAUCCGCAGAUAAACAUAUUAGACUUUACGAUCCUCGAAGCACAGAGGGAUCCCUAGUUAAAAACGUAUUUACAUCUCACACGCAAUGGGUUCAAUCGGUCAGGUGGUCGACAACGGAUGAAAAUUUAUUUAUUAGCGGAGGUUAUGACAAUCUAUUAAAAUUGUGGGACAGAAGGAGUCCGAACGCACCAUUGUUCGAUUUAACGGGUCACGAAAAUAAAGUUUUAUGUUGCGAUUGGUCAAAUCCAAAAGUUAUGGUUUCGGGGGGAGCUGAUUACACAGUGAGAAUUUACAAAUCGAAAAAUGAAUCGUUUAUCGUGGCGAUUGGUUAA